GCAGACUCCGGUGCGCCGCGUCUCCCGCGGGCAGAGAAGUAGCUGCAACUCCGCUCCCCGGGCCCGGCCGCCUCCUCCCCGCCGCCCUCCCCCGCCCCCGCCCCCUCGCUCCCUCCCGCUCUUUGUCUCCUGGGCGCCCGGCUUCCCCGCCACGCGCCCCCCACGACGCCCCUUCCCCGGGGACCCCUGCGGACCCCUGCCGACGCGACGCGGCGCGAAUCGGCCCUGCCAGGCGGGGGCCCCGCGUCCGGCCAGGCCUGGCGGGCGGCGGGGGCGGGGAGGGAGGUGGCGCUCGCUCUUCUCUCUUCUCUCUCUCUCUGUCACACACACACACACACACACACGCACGCACACGCACACACACACGGAGCAUCCUCCCGUCAGGUCUCCUGGUCCAGCCCCGCCCGCGCCUCCUGCUUCCAGCGAACCUGCUCCCUCUCCCCACAUCCCCCGCCCUCCAUCUCCCCCGGCUCCGGGACCCUUCCCGCCGACCUCACCCCCACCCCUGGGAUGGAGCGGCUCGAGCCCGCCCGGAGCCCCCCGCGGCCGGGGUAACGGUCCCCCCAACCGUCUCCUGCCCGGCCCCCGCCUCAAGCACCAUGGGCCCGAGGGGUUCCCGGGGCGCCAGACGCUGAAGAUGACCGAUGCCGGAGCUCUCUUAAGUCAUGGCUUCUUCAAAGCUCCAAGAACCCGUGGAUGAGGUUUUUGACCUGGACUUGGCUGUGCCAGAGACCGCCAGACUGGACAGCAGUUUACACAAGGCCCGGGCCCAACUGUUGGCCAAGGGCAGGAGACACCGGCCGUCCCGCUCCAGGCUUCGGGACAGUGCCAGCUCCGCGGAGGAUGGUGAAGGCUCCGAUGGGCCCGGAGGCAAGGUGACCGACGGCUGCGGGAGCCCCCUGCACCGGCUACGCUCGCCUUUGCACUCAGGCCCGGGGUCCCCGGCCGGGGGCUCUUUCUGCCUGGAUCCGCCGGGGUUGCGGCGCAGCCUGGACGAGGACGAACCGCCGCCCUCGCCGCUCACACGCUACCGGCCCCUGCACAACGCUGCGUCGCACGAGGGCCUGGCCGCCGCCUCCUCCUCUCCGCCGCGCUCCGCGCCCUCCUCCGACAGCUCCCCCAGCUUCGUGCGCCGCCACCCGCGCGCAGAGCCGCACAGCGAAGAUGACAGCCGCGACGCCAGUCCUCCUGAGCCCGCCAGCCCCACCAUCGGCCUGGAUAAGAAGACUCGCCGAAAGUUCCUGGACCUGGGGGUCACCCUGCGCCGAGCAUCCACGGGCAAGAGCCGGAAGGAGAAAGGCAGCAACCGCCUGUCCAUGGGCAGCAGGGAGUCAGUGGAGGGGUCCGGCAGGUCAGGGGGCUCCCCGUUCCUGCCUUUUUCCUGGUUCACAGACAGCGGCAAGGGCUCAGCAUCCUCUGGUAGCACCACCUCCCCAGCCUGCUCCCCUAAACACGAGGGCUUCCGCCCUAAGAAGUCAGCUUCCCAGGCCCAGCUCCUGGCUCAUGCACGGGAGGCACUGAGCAACUCCUGGUGCCUAGUCCAGGACUUCGGCUCCACCCAGAUAGGGAUGGAAUCCACUCUGAGUGAUGACUCCACGCCCCCCAGCAGCAGCCCCAAGAUCCCCAGUGGGCCCCGGCAGGAGGCCAAAUGUUCUUACCCCUACCACACGCUGUCUCAGUCUUCAGACGAGUUCCUGGAUGAACCCCUCCCCGCUGUCCACCAUUGGACCAGCCAGCAGGUGGGCCAGUGGCUGCAGAGCCUCAACCUGGAACAGUAUGCUGCCGAGUUUGCUGCACGGCAGGUAGACGGGCCGCAGCUGCUGCAGCUGGAUGGAAGCAAACUAAAGAGCCUGGGGCUCAGCAACUCGCAUGACCGGGCACUGGUGAAGCGCAAGUUGAAGGAGAUGGCAGCGGCUGCCGAGAAGGAGCGCAAGGCCCAGGAGAAGGCUGCGCGGCAGCGGGAGAAGCUCCGGCGCGGAGAGCAGGAGGCCAAGAAGAGCUAGGGGAGGGUGCACAGGCGCUGGCGCCCAGCAGGGGCAGCCACUGGCUCCACGGGCACAGGCCUCACCAGGGAGGCUGGACCUGGGUGCUGCACUUGGGCUAGCCUGGUCCCACGCUCUCAGGGGGGACAUGCCCUCUCUUACCCUGUCACUUGGUCUAGACCCAGAGCCCCCAGAAAGGGAGACCCCAGGGAGAGGGCCUAGUAAUAAAUCCUAUUUUGAGGACUUGUUUGGCACAGAGUUCCUGGGGGAGGAGCAGAUGAAGGGGAGACGGAAGAGAGGCCAGGGCUGAGGCAAGUCUGGGAGCCUGGGUCAGGCUGUCCCAUUGCCCUCAGGCCAUUGUGGGGCUGCGGCGGAGGGGAGCUAGGAGGCCUGCCUGCCUGCUUGCCUGCCAGAGGCCCUGAGGCCACGCCCCAGGGCUCAGAGCUGGGCUGGGCAUUUCAGCAGGAGCAGGUGUGGGGGCAGUUCCUCUCCACUCUCCCAGGGCGCUGUGUGGUGGGAGAGCUCUGUCCUGCCCCCCUAAGAGGCCAGUGGGCACUGCAGCCAGUCGCACUCAGGGUAGACUCCCAGCCAAACUCCUCAACAGGAGAGCAGAGAAAGCAGCCUGGGGCGAGUGCAGUCUUUGCCAGGACUCAAGAGGGGUGGAUGAACACCCCCUUCUCCCUCUCCCCUCCUCUGUCCUGUGGGUCCCAGGGGGCGAGAUGACAUCCACACAGGUCUGCCUCUCAGGGCCCAGUCAAGACCUGGUCUUUGACCCAUUCUCCAAGCCAGGACUCCCUUCACUUCCUGCUGCUUCCUCAGAGGGCACCUAAGCCCUCUUUGGGAGCUGAGCAAACAGGAACUGAUAGGGACAGAGGGCACCACUUCCACCAGCCAAGGCCUAGGAGCUGCUGACCUGGUCAGCCCUCACCCCAGCCAGGCAGAGAGGCAAAACCUGGGGGUCCCUGGCAGCUACGAGAUUGGAAAGGUUCAUCAGCCCACCCCCAUCUGCCCCAGGCAUUGUCAGAAUCAGUGGGCUCAGAACUGGCAGGCGGUGCAAGCUCUGCGUUCCUGGGCCACACUGAGGGCUGGGGCCAGCUCCCUGGAUGGGGGUGGAGUUUACCAGCAGCCUGGGGACAGCAUGUGUCCUUUUUAGGAAAUGUCCUUGGAGGAAGUGUUCAUGUGUGGCGCUGGUCAGCAGCUAGCCCCGCUUCCAGGACACCGGUCAGAGUUACCGAUGAGGCCAGGGGGCUCCUGCUUGGAAACCCCUCCAGCUCCUCCCAUCUGCCCAGAGCGACAGAUGGCACCAAUGCAUGCUGGCUCUCUCAUUCCUGCCCAGGGACUGUGGCUUACGGCCAGCACCCUGUACCUGGGACUCAGCCCUUAUCCCCCCUCUGCUAUCUGUGCUGGGAGAGGGGCUUCGGAGGGAAACAGAUAUGAGGACACUGGCACCAUCCGGGCCUGGUGGCAGGGCCAUGGGAGGUUGGAAGGCACCCACAUCCUUAAAGCCAUCAGUAGCUAUAGUGGGUGCCCACCUGCAUGUGAAGGGGAGGCAGUUCUCAAUUUAUUUCAAUAAAUACUUAUGAUGUGCCAGUGA